GGCCCCGUGUCCCCGUGGGGAUCCGUUAUCCCGGUUUUCCCCCCGGGAAGGUUCCCCCCGCACUGGGAAUGGCCCCGUGUCCCUGUUGGGAUCCGUUAUCCCGGUUUUCCCCCCCGGGAAGGUUCCCCCCGCGCUGGGAAUGGCCCCGUGUCCCCGUGGGGAUCCGUUAUCCCGGUUUUCCCCCCGGGAAGGCGCCGCCAUGUCCCUGUGCCAGCGGGGGAUGAAGCGGAGCCCGGGCGAGGCCGAGGGCUGCUCCUUCCCGGCCGGGCCCGGGCUCAAGGUGUUCCUGCACUGGAGCGGGGAGGAGGAGCGGGAGCGCUGCCGGGUCUAUUCCCAGGGCUCCCUCAGCGCCGAGGAGAUCUGCAUCGACCUCGCCCGCAGGAUCGGAAUCACCCCGUUGUGUUACAGCCUCUUCGCCCUCUACGACCCCCAGGGCCGGGUGUGGCUCCCCCCAAACCACCAAUUCCAGGUGGGAAAAGACACCAACGUCCACCUGAUCUUCAGGAUGAGGUACUAUUUCCGGAACUGGCACGGGAUGAACGACAAGGAGCCGGCGGUUUUCCGGAAUGUGCCUCGUCCGGGGGAUUCCCUGGAGGAAAAACCCUCUGGGGGAGCUUUGCUGGACAGAUCCUCCUUCGAGUACCUGUUCGAGCAGGGAAAAUUCGAGUUCAUCCACGACGUCGCCUCCCUGAGGGAUUUCCGGAGCGAGCCCGAAAUCCAGAGGUUCAAGAACGAGAGCCUGGGAAUGGCUGUGCUCCACCUCUCCCACAUCGCCCUCAGAAAGGGCAUUUCCCUGGAGGAAGUGGCCCGGAAAUACAGCUUCAAGGACUGCAUCCCGCGCUCCUUCCAGCGGCAGAUCCAGCAGAACAGCCUCCUGACGCGCUUCCGCAUGCGCAGCGUCUUCCGGCGCUUCCUGCGGCGCUUCCAGCGGCACACGGUGGGCGCCGGGCGGCUCUCGGAGCGGGACCUCAUGGCCAAGUACCUGGCCACGCUGGAGCUGCUGGCGCCGCGCUUCGGGAGCGAGCUCUUCCCGGCCCUGGCCCUGGAGGCGGCGGCCGAGGGGGACAAGGGGCCGCCCGGCGCCAACGGGGCCCCCCCGGAGCCGGGGCCGGAGCCGGGGCGGCCCCUGAUCCCGCGGGACCCGCCCGUCACUCACCACGUCCUGGUCUCCGGCACCGCCGGCAUCCAGUGGCGCCCGGCACCGCCAGAGAGCGCGGAGCCCUUCUCCCAGCGCGGCUACUUCGGGAGGAAGGGCCGGACCAAGGAGCCGGAUCCCAAGGCCGCGGCGCGGCCGCCGGAGCCCAGCGAGCCCCCCUGGUGCCACUUCUGCGACUUCCGGGAGAUCACCCACGUGGUGGUGAAGGAUUCCCGGAUCAGCAUCCACCGGCAGGACAACCAGUGCCUGGAGGUGGCUCUGCCGUCGCCCGGGCUCGCCCUGUCCCUGGUGUCGCUGGUGGACGGAUAUUUCCGGCUCACGGCCGAUUCCAGCCAUUACCUGUGCCACGACGUGGCCCCGCCCCGGCUCCUCCUGAGCAUCCGCCACGGCAUCCACGGGCCCAUGCAGGAGGAGUUCGUUUUUGCCAAGCUCCGCCGGGAGGAGCCGGAGGAAGGGCUUUACAUCCUCCGCUGGAGCGUCCUGGAUUUCAACCGGAUGAUCCUCUCCGUGGUCAAACGGAGCCAGCAGCAGGCCCCCGGAACGCCGGGAGCCUUCAAGUUCCGGCAGUUCCGGAUCCAGAAGAAGGGGGAGUCCUUCGUGCUGGAGGGCUGGGACCGGGAAUUCCCCUCCCUGCGGGAGCUGCUGGACGUGCUCAAGGGCUGCACCCUCCGCUCCGGGGAGGAAAACUUCACGGUGAAGAGGUGCUGCCCCCCCAGACCGGGAGAGAUCUCGGACCUGCUGAUCACGAGGAAGGUGAAGGACAACGGGAAGCAGAUCCUGAACCUCACCCAGCUCAGCUUCCACCAGAUCCGCAAGAACGAGAUCACCCAGCGAGCCCACCUGGGCCAGGGCACCCGGACCAACAUCUACGACGGGGUCCUGACGGUCUGCGGGAAUUCCGGGAACGACGACGAGGCCGAGUACUUUUCCACGGAGCAGAACAACAACAGCCGGGAGAUGCACGUGAUCCUCAAAGUCCUGGAUCCCAGUCACAGGGACAUCGCCCUGGCCUUCUUCGAGGCCGCCAGCCUGAUGAGCCAAGUGUCCCACGUCCACCUGGCCUUCGUCCACGGGGUCUGCGUGCGCGGCUCCGAGAACAUCCUGGUGGAGGAGUUUGUGGAACACGGGCCCCUGGACGUGCUGCUGCGCAAGGAGAAGGGCCGGAUCUCCGUGGGCUGGAAAAUCACCGUGGCCAAACAGCUGGGAAGUGCCUUGAGCUACCUGGAGGAUAAAAACCUGGUGCACGGGAACGUGUGUGCCAAGAACAUCCUGCUGGCCAGGAAAGGGCUGGAAGACGGAUCCGCUCCCUUUGUGAAGCUCAGCGAUCCCGGGAUCAGCUUCACGGUGCUCUCCCGGGAAGAGCGCGUGGACCGGAUUCCCUGGAUCGCCCCGGAAUGCGUCCGGGAUGUGGGAAACCUCAGCACGGCCGCCGACAAGUGGAGCUUUGGGACAACCCUCCUGGAAAUCUGCUUCGACGCCGACGUCCCGCUGAAGGAACGAACCCCUUCCGAGAAGGAGCGGUUCUACGAGAAGCGGCUGCGGCUCCCGGAGCCGUCGGGCCGGGAAUUGGCCUCGCUGGUGUCGCAGUGCCUGGAUUACACCCCCGGGGAACGGCCCUCCUUCCGCACCAUCCUCAGGGACCUCACCCGGCUCCAGCCCCACG